CAGAAGCCAGGGGCAAUGGGGCGGAGCAUAGUGCCUGACUUAGGUGGCAACGGGUUGGGGGCCCUGCCACACUGGGGCAGGUAGGCAGGCAGGCAGGCAGGAGACGGAUUUGCUGCUAUCUUCCUGCUGCAACCAGCGGGGUGCAGGCCAUGGAGCCCACUGGAGGGUGACAGCAGCCUGGUGGGCGGGCAUGUUUGGGGGCCUGGGGCCUGGGGGCCUGGGAGCACAGGGCAUGGCAGGACCCCUGCGGGGCAGGGUGGAGGAACUGAAGCGGCCCUGGUGGCGGGAGAGCUCACCACUGGUGCUGCAGCACAGCGAGGCAGCCCGGCUGGCGGCCGACGCCCUCCUGGAGCGGGGUGAGGCUGCCUACCUGCAGGUCAUCUCGGAAGAGCAGGAACUGCCCUUCCUGAGCUCCCUGGAUGUGGACUACAUGACCAGCCAUGUGCGUGGGGGUCCCGAGCUGGGUGAGGCCCACGGACUGGAGGCCUCAGGACCUGACCGCCUCAGCCUGCUCUCGGAAGUCACCUCGGGCACUUACUUUCCCAUGGCCUCUGACAUAGACCCCCCAGACCUGGACUUGGGCUGGCCUGAGAUUCCACAGGCCACGGGCUUCAGCCCCACCCAGGCGGUGGUCCACUUUCAGCGGGACAAGACCAAGAACAUCAAAGACCUUCUGCGUUUCCUCUUCAGCCAGGCCCGCACGGUGGUGGCUGUGGUGAUGGACAUAUUCACAGACAUGGAGCUCCUGUGUGACCUCAUGGAGGCCUCUAGUCGGCGUGGCGUCCCUGUCUACCUGCUCCUGGCUCAGGAGCACCUGAGCCACUUCCUGGAGAUGUGCUAUAAGAUGGACCUCAAUGGGGGGCACCUGCCGAACAUGCGUGUACGGAGCACAUGUGGGGACACAUACUGCAGCAAGGCGGGCCGCCGCUUCACGGGGCAGGCCCUGGAGAAGUUCGUCAUCGUCGACUGUGAGCAGGUGGUGGCGGGCAGCUACAGCUUCACCUGGCUUUGCAGCCAGGCCCACACCAGCAUGGUGCUGCAGCUGCGGGGCCGCAUCGUGGAAGACUUUGACCGGGAAUUCCGCUGUCUGUAUGCCGAGUCACGGCCUGUGGAGGGCUUCUGCGGCGGCGAGGAUCCCAGGGCACCGUGCCCUCCUCUGGUGGCCCUGGCCUUCGGGCCCAGCAUCCCAAGCCGCAGGUCCUCAUCGCACUCCAGCACCAGCCUCAGCAGCAUCAAGCACUCCCCUCUCAUGGGCCGCUCCUCCUACCUUGCUCUACCAGGAGGCGGUGGCUGCAGUGACACAGGAAUGGGGUCCUCAUCCCCAGGCCCUACUUGUCGCAAAGCCAGUGGCCAGCCCUCCCUCCAACGCCAGCUGUCAGAUCCUAACCAUGGCUCCCCACCAGGGCCCUGCAGGGCCAACCUGGGCAAGAUGGGGGCGUCCCCAUGGUCCCAGUCCUCCCCUGCCCUCAACCACAGUAGCACCAGCCCCUUGACCCUGGCAGUGGGGUCACCUCUGCUUACUCGCCCACGCUCCCUCCUCCCCUUCUCCCGGGGUGUCCCAGCCCUAUCUAGGCUCCCAGAGAAUGGGCUCCCAGGAAGCCAGGAGCCUUACCCCCCACGAGGUCGCUGGGUACCUGGCACAGCCCUGGAGACAGUGGAGGAGAAGAAGGUGUCUCUGAGUCAGAGCCAUGGCCAGCUGGAUCUCCUCAUCCCCUUUCCCAGAGCUCGAGAAGCAAGAGGCCCUGAUCCUCGUGUUACCUCCAACUCAGACUCCCUGUGGCCUGGUGAACAGGCCCAAAAGGACAGGAGGUUAUCCCCAAACCAGAGAUACAACCAGCUGGAUCUCCUGCCCCAGGCCCAAGGUGCUGGGGGUACCCCUGAGUCAGGUUCCCCCAGACCUGGCAAUGGGAACCCAGAGCAUAAGAGGCUGCCUCCAAACCACAGCCAUGGCCAAUUGGACCUCCUGCCACAGUACCCUAAGACUGGGGGCUCCAGAGUGCCCCCUGAAGCCAACUCCUCAGCCAGGGCUGGCAAGCAGGGUCCAGAUGAGCGACGGCAGACCCUGGGCCACAGCCAGCUGGACCUCAUCACAAAGUUUGGCCCAUUCCGGGGUGAGGGGCCGGGGCCCAAUAGUCUCCCUAGACCGAGCCGUGCUCGCAAGCCUGGAGUGGGCUCUGCGGAUGAGAAGCGGCUGACUCUGGGCCACAGCAAGCUGGACCUCAUCACCAAGUAUCAUCAGUUGCAGGGUGCCAGGCAGGGACCUGAGCAUGGCCUCCCUGGGAGACCCACAGGUGACCAUUGCAAUGGUAGUAGCAAUGGCUCAUUUGGGGAUGAGAAACGGCUGACCCUGGGCCACAGCAAACUGGACCUCAUCACUAAGUUCAACAAGUCCAAGUUCAAGCUGCUCCGAAGCCGCUUUGAGUCCUAGUCUUGCUCCCAGCAGGGACAUGUCCCUCCUACAUCUGCUGAGACUAGAUUUGGUUAGGUUCCAGACUCUGGGGUAGAAGCUCCGGGGAGGAAAGGAUGUCUAGAAGCCCAGGUUAGACACUCCCUGUGCUCAGGAUUCUUGCUUACACACACACACACACAUAUGCAUAUGCACAGAUGCACACACACAGGGAAAUGGAACCUUCGGUUAAUGUUAUUUGCCACUGUGCUGGGCACUUCACACCAGUUAUGUCUCCCCUUCAUCUUCACAUCCUACAAGAUAGACCUCUAGUAGGUAGACAAUCCUAGGAUCAUAAGUGUUAAUCUUUCCUAUUUUAUAAAUAUGGAAGCUGAGGCCCAAAGAAUUUGAUGACUUGCUUGAAAUCAGGUCGAAGUAAGUGGCAGAGGAAGGACCCAAAUUUGUCUCUUACUCUUAUGAUUGUGUUUUUGCACAGACACAACCCACAAUAUCAACGAUUCAUAUGUGCUCAGGCAUACUAAAUAUACACAUCACAGUGAUGCCCCAAAUGCCUUCACAAUAUACAUAGCACACUAACAGGGUUCACACCCACAAGCUGCACACCCAUAAGCACAAUAAAUGUCAUUUGACUAAAUGAAUGGUUACACAAAAUAUAUGCAUUCAGUCACAUUGUAGACCCCUCAGGACCCACAGACCAUAAACAUGCACAUAAACACACACACACACACACACACACACACACACACACACACACACAUCAGAACAUGCACCAACCAGUCUUUGCUUGUACCUGGGCUGUGUACCCAGCCCUGCUGAGCAUGCUAUAGGGCUGACAAAUGAAUUAGGAUUAAAUGCCUAAACCACUGGCCAGCAAGACAAGGCUGUAUCUAAUUAAAGGCAAACCAAUGAAAGAGGUUGGUAGAGAAUGAAGGGCAGAGAGUCAUGGUGAUGGUAGAGAGGGGAGAAAAAUUUCUUAGAGGAGGCAGCCUUGAGCCAGACCUUGAAGGAUGAGGAGGAUUUGGACAGAUGAAGGGGGUUAGAGGAAUUCCUGGUAGAGUGAACCAGGUGAAGAGCUAUUAGGGAGGGGACUGAGGGAGUGGGUCUGAGAUGAACUGGGGAGGAUGAAGAGGAUAUACAAUGGCAUGCAUGCACACACACACACUCACACCCACAUUUUGCUGAGUGUUCCUAGAAGCACAGGCUCUGACAAGUUGUGGGUCCUUUUCCUGAGCUCACCACCUGCCUGGGACAGUGUUAUAUAUGAUACAAAUCAACAAAAGCAGACAUGUUAUGACCGACCCAAUAGCAGCUUGGUGUGUCCCUAGGAGGAUGGUGCUAUGGAACUGUGCCUUGGGGGCAGGGGAAGGGCACUAUUUAGUGCAAUUAUGGAGGGCUCUCUGGAGGAGUGUGGAUGGCCACAGGAGGGCCGAGGGGAGGAAAAGGGCUCCAAGCACUCUCUGCCCUCACUGUAACAUUCUGAGAGCUCUUGUGGUUUUUGUAGAUCCUACAAAAUGUGGGUCAAGUAUAUCCUGUCCACGAGUGCCCGUCCCUUGAUCAGCACCAUCUAGCCAAGGGACAGAAAGUGGCUGCCGAGUUUGUGAUCAAGCACAUGCAAGGGGCACAUAGUGGGAGCCAGUCAGCCCCACACCCUUUCCUACUCUGGACCCUCCCUAAGACUCUGCUUCAUCCAUCCUCUCCUCUCCCCAAUACCUUCUUCAGCCUGGUUUCCUUUACAAUCUCUGACUGCGCCUCUUUCUCCAGCGUCUGUCCU